AUGCAUCUAAUACUAAUAAUUUUUCUUAUUCAGGAGGCGAAUGGUGAGUUGUUAUCAAACAACCCAUCAGCUAAAGGUCCCAAACUCUUGAACCCUACAUCCACCUUCAACAGACAGUGGUCUCUCAAUCAGAUGAUAUCGGAGUUUACCGAGCUAUGCCAGUGGCUCACACAUGUACAAGAGGAGAUAUACUCUAGUCCGGAGAAUUUAUCUAGCAGGAAGUUGAGAAUGAACCGCAUGUGUGAGUUGGUGUCCGUAGAGCCUCGUCGCGCCAAGUUCAUCGAGCAGGCAUCAGCGAUCCUCGAGCGUAUACCUCAAGAAGCGGCGGAGGUGACCUGGCGAGUUGAACAUUUGAAUGUCAAAUGGGAGAGCUUAAGGUUGCUACUGAAUCCAGAACAACAGAAUACGAGCGGCGAUGGAUCUGACACUGUUGACACAUCACAUGAGUUGCGUUGUCUUCGUCGCUGGCUGCACUGUAUGGAGGGUCGCCUGCCACCGCCUUCCAUAGCGACAAGGGCCGCGCCUUACCACGAGCUGAAACGGAAACUUCUAGAACAUCAGGUGAGUGAAAACUAUGCUUAUAUGAUACAAGAAUGA